AUGGAAGAAAACGAAUGGUCAUGUAAUCAACCAUCGUUCAGUGAUCAUCAUCUGGAAUAUUUAGAUGAAUUUUUGCAGUUGAGAUGUGCUCCGGAGUUGAUAACUAUGGGUUUAUUUCCAAAUUCCAAAGAAAUUACGGAAUCAUUUGCAAUUUGGUCAGCAUUAAGACAAUUCAUAUUUCCACGAAUGGAACAAAAAUUACCAACAUCUGAAUCUAUUGACAAUCGCCAAAAUGCAAUUAUUGUUGUUGGAGAUGGUAUGACACCUCGUACAGCUGCUCUAUGUGCAUAUUUAACAAAAGGAUUAUGGCAAUGUUAUAGUAUUGAUCCUAUGCUUCAAUAUGAUACAUAUGCAGAUAUGAUAUCUAUUAAUCGACGAAGUAUUACAACAGUUAAUCAUUGUACAGAAUGGAAAUCCAUUAAAGGUUUAAGAAUGGCGCGUGCCAAAAUUCAAACAGUAUCUGUUCAAUGUCGAAAAGCAAUCGUAGUUAUGAUGCAUGCACAUGUAACUUUAGAAGAUGCUAUUGCAGCUAUUGAUGCAUCAGAAGGUAUUAUUGGUAUUAUUACAUGUCCAUGCUGUAAAUGGACUUCUUUUCAACAACAAUGGCAAGGACAACCGCCACAUCACAAGUAUACGGACUUAAGACUAUUAAGUGCUAAGAAUGAUAUGAACGUAUGGUAUUUUCCACAAGGCUGUGAUAAUAAACCGACCAUCAUCUCAAUGAAUUCUACUAAUAUUACAAUAGCUGAAGACAAACAAUUGACAACGAAACAGACGAUAGAACGUAAUAUAUGGGGCAUAGACACAAGUAUUAGUGAAAAUAUAUUAUCUAGUCGAGAUGGAGUGAAACAACGAGCUAUUGAAUUAUGGCCACAAAUAUUUUCAAAUGGCAGUGAAGCAUUCAGCACUACUGAAUCAGAUACGAUUGCAUUUAAUAGAACAAAAGACUCAGAUAUGACUCAAUCUACUAUUGAUGAUUCAAAAAUGUGGCCUUGGGCAUCAACAUCAUGGUCACCAAAAGAUAUAUUACCAUUAAUGAAAUCAUAUUGUUAUAGUUCAACAUCAUCAUCAUCAUCAUUAGACGUACGUGACAGUCUUCCAGUUUUACCUUCAUGGUUUGGAAAGCCUGUUUUAGUCGUAGGUACUAUUGCAGCUGUGCGACGAUGCAAACAUACGAUUUUCUAUGAAUUGCAUACUUGUGUCAUUCCUUCAAAACCACUUGAAGAUAUCCUGCGACUUGCAUGUGAUACAUCAUCUAUGAAAAAUACCAUCGUAGAAAAAAUACAUGCAUCAGCUGACACAUUUCCUGCAUUAUUAAAAUCUGCUGAUCGUAUGUGGACAUGUGUAGAAUAUCAACGACAUCUUCAAGCUGUUGCUAGUUAUGAUGCAACGAUCGGACGAAAAACAAAAGAUCGUAAUUCGAAAAUACAUAUCAAUGAUACCAUAGCACCAUUGAAUACCGAUCGGGUAAACGUAAUACUAUCGUUAUUAUCUUACGAACGUAGAAGUACAGCUGCUAAACAACAUAAAUUGUCUACGCAUACAAAUAGCAAUAGUCAAUCUGUACAUACGACUUCUACACAUUUGCAAGGUAAAGAUCAUAUAAAAGUGAAAUUAUUUGAUAAUAAUCCACAACCACGUCAAUCUCUAUUUCCUUGGGCCAUGUCUUUACGGCCUGGUGAUAUUUUAGUUGCAUAUUGUGAAUUGGGAUGUAACGCAAGGCAAGGACCACAGUUAUGUUUAGUUGACGGAAUUCUACUCUUCGAUACUAUGUUACAUGUGAUCUGCGCUGAUCGUCGUAUUCUACGAUAG